UCUCUUCCUCAGGAACCCCCCCCCCCCCCCUCAAGUGCUGAAAGAUGUUGCGAAAGAACAUGAUAGAGAUGUUGGCUCGAGGGGCCCUGAAUCCUCCUCUCCGUCUGUCCUCCAUAUUUCUCCGAUUCCACUCCACCUCCGCCACAGACCACCACCACGUGGAUGUGACCAGGGAGAGAUCCAAGACCGUCGCCUCCUUCUACAACCAGUCCGGCAUUGACCAGGCGGCAGAGAAGCCGUCCGUGCGUCUGACUCCCACCACCAUGCUGUACUCUGGCCGCUCUCAGGAUGGCAGUCACAUUCUGAAAAGCGCAAGAUACUUGCACAAGGAGCUCCCAGUCCGCAUUGCUCACAGAAUUAAAGGAUUUCGCAGUUUGCCCUUCAUCAUUGGCUGCAACCCCACCAUCCUACAUGUGCAUGAGCUAUACAUUCGCGCCUUCCAGAAGCUAAGCGAGUUCCCGCCGAUCACAGACCACGAGGUGGAGAGUCAGUACUGCAAACUGCUGCGGCAGCUCCUCGAUGACCACAAGGAUGUGGUGACCCAGCUGGCCGAGGGCAUGAGAGAAAGCCGCAAGCACAUCCAGGACGAGAUGGUGAUUCGAUUCUUCUUGGAUAAAACAUUAACGUCUCGCUUGGGAAUUCGGAUGCUGGCAACUCACCACCUGUCUCUGCAUGAGGACCGGGGAGAUUUUGUGGGGAUCAUCUGUACCCGUCUGUCCCCAAAGAAGAUAAUCGAGAAGUGGGUGGAUUUUGCCAGGCGUUUGUGUGAACACAAGUAUGGGAAUGCCCCUCGGGUUCGCAUUAAUGGUCAUGUGGCAGCGCGUUUCCCCUUCAUCCCGAUGCCACUGGAUUACAUUCUUCCAGAGCUGUUGAAGAACGCCAUGAGGGCCACCAUGGAGAGCCACCUCGAUACACCCUACAAUGUUCCCGAGAUUGCCAUCACCAUCGCCAACAAUGACAUUGAUCUCAUCAUCCGGAUAUCUGACCGAGGAGGCGGAAUCCCCCACGAUCAUCUGGAAAGAGUAACGGAUUACCAUUUCACCACAGCAGAGGCCAGCACUCAGGACCCUCGCAUCAACCCCAUCUUUGGCAAUAUGGUGGACAUGGUGAACAGCGGGCAGUCUGCGCCUAUGCACGGCUUUGGUUUUGGCCUGCCGACCUCUCGGGCAUACGCCGAGUACCUGGGGGGUUCCCUGUGCAUCCAGUCUCUUCAAGGCAUCGGGACAGAUGUGUACCUGCGCAUCAAACACAUUGACGGAAGGGAGGAGAGCUUCCGCAUCUAAGGAGGACGGCCCCCGGAGUCCCAACAACUUCUGACCGGACGAUCGGCUGUAUUCCCCAACACCGCCACCAUUACCACCAUUCUGGCUCGUGGGAUUGUUUCCUUCACCACCAUUCUGGCUCGUGGGAUUGUUUCCUUCACCACCAUUCUGGCUCGUGGGAUUGUUUCCUUCACCACCAUUCUGGCUCGUGGGAUUGUUUCCUUCUACACCUCGGUCUGCUUGCCUUCAACAAAAGCCAAUGUGGACCCCACUUCUUUGUCUUCAGGAGCCAACAGGGAUCCUGAACUUGCCUUCUAUAGGAGCCAAUGUGACCCCAUUUUUAUUUUUUUGUCCUCAGGAGCCAAUGUGGACCCCGAUUCUUUGCUCUCCAAACUUUUUUUUUUUUUGUAAGCUGAGACCCAAUUUCAGGGUUGGCUCUUCUAUUCCAAAAUAAAACCUACCCUGCAAAGAGGUCCACUUUUGUAUGCAGUAACUUGCCGUUUCUUGGGAUUCCAAUGAAUGAGAUUAAAGAUGGAUUAUUGAGAUGAGAUCCGUGGUCUGUCUGUGGAUCGUUCGGUGCCAGUAUUCAACACAUAAGCUGAUUACCAGUGUUUAGAUUUUUCUUACCAAAAAUGACGUUCCUGUUUUGGGAUUUGGUCGUUUUCUUUCUUAUUUUUGUGUUUGUUUUUUUUCUUUGGAGGAUCCCAACAAUUCUUGGGAGGCCCGAUCCUGCAUCCAUGCACGUUGAUGUUCUCGAGAAGAUACCAGGAGGCUUCCACUGUCCCAAUUUUCUUUUUUUAUUUUACAAGUGGAAGUGAACUAUUCCUCUGAAUUCCCAGAGGUGCCGUGUGUGCGGAGAUAAGCACGAGCACGCGCGGUUAUUGAUCAACUUAUAGCACUUAAGGCUUCUGGCCUCCAGGAUUUCUGGCCUUUUCUUUAGAGACGGUCUUGGCUGAGAUGCUGUGGACACCUUGAUUUCGGUUGGGUGCACAAUGGAGUCUCUGUGCUCAGCCGGAGGUGAAGGUGUUGGGACUUAAAAGUCUAUUUUACUAGUUUUGUGAUGGAAAUUGUAAGCAGACCUUUGUGGCCACCCCCCCCCCUCUCCUCCCAUGUUAUUCAUAUUCAGCAGGUCCUCUUUGUGUACUUUUCAGCCUUAUGUGCCACCACAACGCGUCUGAGCCGUAAUGUUAUAGAAGAGCUUGUGUUCCACAUAUCACAGCGUGAGAUUUCAUACUUGUGCAAUAUUCUGGUGCUUGUUCAUCCGACACUAAAUGUUACCUGCUGGACACCUCCAGGACUACGCCACCUACCCCGAGGGCAACCAGCUCCUGUCUGUGGCCACCUUCCCCCGAGGGCAACCAGCUCCUGUCUGUGGCCACCUUCCCCCGAGGGCAACCAGCUCCUGUCUGUGGCCACCUUCCCCCGAGGGCAACCAGCUCCUGUCUGUGGCCACCUUCCCCCGAGGGCAACCAGCGCUCCUGUCUGUGGCCACCUUCCCCCGAGGGCAACCAGCUCCUGUCUGUGGCCACCUUCCCCCGAGGGCAACCAGCUCCUGUCUGUGGCCACCUUCCCCCGAGGGCAACCAGCUCCUGUCUGUGGCCACCUUCCCCC